GGGCCACAGCGUCCCCGCGGCGCGCCCCGACGGAGGGCACUCGCACGCCCCGGCCGGCCGGCCGGAGCUCCCGCCCCGCAGGCUGGAGAGGCCCAGAUUGGAGGGAGACAGACUGCGCCGCCCGCCCGCGCGCUUGUCGCGGUCCUCCCUCCCUGCGCGUGCCCUCGGCCCGGUCGAUCCCCCUCUUCCUCCUCCCGCGCCCUGCCUCGCGGAGCCGGUCCUGACCCGGUCACGAGGGCGGGUGGCACAGCCCGGACUUCUCCCUGCCCUCCCUCCUCGAGAGCCCGCCGCGGCCGCACCAGGCAGGAGCCGGGCAGAGAUGCUCCUGCCCUCCCGGGCGUCCUCGGUCCGCGCCACCUGCUUGCUGGGAAAGAGGGCACACAGAGGAGCAGCUGGCACACCAGGAGCCCUCCAACCUUGAUCCAAGCAUGCAGGCUCCACCCUGCAGCCUCCCCACUGGGCUCAGCCUGGAGGACUUCAUCCCUGGCAAUCUCCGGGCUCACAUAGGGUCAUCCUCCCAGGGGGCACGGGUGCCUGUGAUCCGGAAUGGUGGCUCCAACACCCUUAAUUUCCAGUUUCAUGACCCUGCGCCCAGGACCGUGUGCAAUGGGUACUUACCCUCCAGGAGAGAUGCUUCCCGGCACCCAGACCCUGCCUGGUAUCAGACCUGGCCAGGUCCUGGGAGCCAGCCCCCUGGGAGCCAGAAGACCCCUGCCUCCCAGCACCCCCACAACUGGUCAGCCACAUGGACCAAGGACAACAAGCGUCGGGACAAGCGCUGGAUCAAGUAUGAAGGAAUCGGGCCCGUGGAUGAGAGCGGCAUGCCUAUUGCCCCCCGAUCUAGUGUUGACAGCCCCAGGGACUGGUACCGAAGAAUGUUCCAGCAGAUUCACCGGAAAAUGCCAGACCUGCAGCUGGACUGGACCUUUGAGGAAUCACCCAAAGUGGCUUCCUCCUGUGCGGCCUCUGCAGACUCAAGGCAUCCAACGCCCCAGCAAAGACCGGCUGCCAGGCCAGGCCAGGCCUCUUCUCUGAGUGGAAGAAGUUGGGACCCCUCUGAAGAGUCUUCUAGAAGCACCUUCAACUGUAAUCCUGGAGCAUCCUCCCUACACCAGACCCCACAUCAGGUGCUCAGACGCCAAGAGAAAGUGGAAAAUGUCUGGACAGAAGAUUCUUGGAACCAAUUUCUGCAAGAACUAGAGAGUGGGCAGAAGCCCAAGAAACCGCUAGUGGAUGACCCUGUUGAGAAGCCCUCCCAGCCCAUUGAGGUCCUGCUGGAGAGAGAGCUGGCCAAGCUGAGUGCGGAGCUGGACAAGGACCUGCGGUCAAUUGAGACCCGGCAGCCAUCCCCCAAGAGUUCCCAAGUGCCCCGACGGUGCCGGGAGCCGCGGCCUCCAGCGCGCCCGGCCUCCGCCUGGAGCUCCAGUUACCCGAAUGCACUUUACCAGGGUUCCUCCCGGCCCCUGAGCCCCCACAGAAUGGCGGAAGGAACAAGCCCCUUCCUAGGUCGCAGGGACUUUGUCUACCCUACCUCGGCCCGAGACCCUAGUGCCUCUGAACGAGGGGGCAGCCCAGCCAGGAAGGAAGAGAAGAAGAGGAAGGCCGCCAGACUCAAGUUUGACUUCCAGGCACAGUCCCCCAAGGAGCUGACUCUGAAGAAGGGUGACAUUGUCUACAUCCACAAGGAGGUGGACAAGAACUGGCUGGAAGGGGAGCACCAUGGUAGACUGGGCAUCUUCCCUGCCAAUUAUGUGGAAGUGCUGCCUGCAGAUGAGAUCCCUAAGCCCAUCAAGCCUCCAACCUACCAGGUGCUGGAGUAUGGAGAAGCAGUGGCCCAGUACACUUUCAAGGGGGAUCUGGAGGUGGAGCUGUCCUUCCGCAAGGGGGAGCGCAUCUGCCUGAUCCGCAAGGUGAAUGAGAACUGGUACGAGGGGCGCAUCUCCGGCACAGCGCGCCAGGGCAUCUUCCCUGCCAGCUACGUGCAGGUGUGCCGUGAUCCCCGGGUCCGGAUCUGUGACGAUGGCCCCCAGCUCCCUGCAUCUCCCCGUCUGACCACCGCCCGUCUGGCUCGGCACUCCAGCUCCCCAUUAGCACCACACAGCCCAGUCGAUCCUGACUGGGGGAGCCAGACCUCCCCCCGCCGUACUGGCUUCUCCUUCCCCACCCAGGAGCCCAGAGCCCAGGGCCAGGGUUUCGGCACCUCUGGGUCAGCUCUGUCCCAUCCUGGAGGCUCCAGCCGUCCCGUGGACCUGGGGACCUCCCCCAACACCACUCAGAUACACUGGACCCCGUAUCGGGCGAUGUACCAGUACCGGCCCCAGAAUGAGGAUGAGCUGGAGCUGCGGGAGGGGGAUCGGGUAGACGUCAUGCAGCAGUGUGAUGAUGGCUGGUUUGUGGGUGUCUCCCGGAGGACCCAGAAAUUUGGGACGUUCCCUGGAAAUUAUGUAGCUCCGGUUUGAGUGGUGGUCUCCGUGGCAACUCAGAGCCAAGCCAGGAUGGGGUGGGGAGCGGUAGCACUUACAGGAGGGAGAGAAGAUCCACCCUCCUCCCUUCCCCAAGACCUGACCUGCUGGCAUCUGCAGACAACUCCAGCAGCCAUUCUUUGGAGCCCCCUCGAAGCCCCCUGGACUGCUUCCCACCCACAACUCACAAACAUUCCUCCAACAGCCUUUUUAUUUCCUCCCCUACCACACUCCCCAAAUAUAGAGGUCUGCUUUGAAGUGGAGACUGUUUCCAGGCCUUAUUGAGACCAGACCCUGGAGCCCCCCACCCCGCCCUGCUAUGGCAUUUCCUCUAACAGGGACCAGCUCCCAGCUUCACCCCCAUGGGGUUCUUCUAACAAGGACCAGCUUCCUAACCUAACAGAGACCAAAGGCCGCCUCUGCCUGGAGGAGAUUCCUCCUCUUUCAGUCCAGCUUACCUGCUGCCCCCUUUGCCUUCCUGCCUCCAGCUGGGCUUGGGAGUGAGGUGGGAGAGGGACACAGCACCUCCUUCGUGCCCAAGGCCUGGUAAGAGGUCUUGCCUGAAGGCGCCCUCUUCCCAAAGGCUGCCAAGCCCUGGGCUUGGGCUGUGUGGGCCAUCCUGCUGCUGUAGUGCCCAGGAAGGGCUGGGCCUCAGAGGACUGGCCUAUUCCAGGUGUUUUCCCAGAAGACUGAUAUGUGCUGCCCUCCAGCCUCCCCAGCUCCUCCAACCCCCAAGUCCCCUCUGAAAGAGAAUGUCAAAUAAAUCUGGAGACCAGGGA